AUGGGAGAGGAAGAACAGGGCUGUUCAAGGUCUGUACCAACAUUACAUAUUGUGGAAAGAUGCCCAAAAGAUAUUACAGAAUGGAUUAAAGAAAAGGACAGAAAACAGUGUCAUCAAAUACAGCAAAACUGUACAGAAAUAGAUAAUUUUGAGUAUCACUGUCUUCCAAAUAGAGUUCUCGACACGUUGUUUGAAGUAUGUGCCCCAACAAGAGUAAUAAUUGGGAAGCACUGUCCAUUCUAUGAUGUCCAGCAGCGUGUAAUUGGACCAAACUACAACCAGCCAUGUAAAAAGCACAGAAAAAAAUGCCCUGAUGUAUAUUCUUCAAAUGAACUAUAUAAAUAUCAAGAAUGUUAUCAGGAAGUCACAACGUCUCUUAAUGCACCAAAAGAUUCUAAAGAAAUAAACAUAAAAGGAGAAGAAUCUCAUCCAGCAUUUCUAGUGGGGAUAUAUUUAAUAAUUGUAUGUCUAGUUGUUGUAAUUGGACUUUUUUCAUUCCUCGUUCAUGUUCAUCAAGUGGUGGUUAAAAGACAAAGACAAGGAAAUGGUAUAUGUAGCAGAAAAACGAAGGAAGAAAACGGGACGGUAGAAGAAGUGACAUCCAUGACUGAGGUUAAAAAAGGUGAAUGA